AUGUCCCAGUCGGGAAGGAAAGCAGACAGGGCCCAGCAGCCCAGGCUCUAUCAACUGCUGGCGCACAGGCGACAGCAGCACGGAAAAGAUGCGAAGGAAGUCGGAGGGUUUGGAGAGGUGCAAGUGGUGAGCCACCGCAAGACGGGAACGAGAUAUGCCAUGAAGACCGUCAAGCUGUCGAGCGUCAAGAGCGAGAAAGCCUUCGACUUCAUCAUGAAGGAAGUGGAUCUUCUCAAGACCCUGGACCACCCCAACAUCGUGCGCCUUCAGGUGUGUGCGUGUUUUUUCUACCGCACAAGCAUUGAAUAA